AUGGCCGAGCCCGGAGCCCCCGCGGCCGGUGACAAAGCGACCCGGCUCCAGUCCCUCUAUUCCCCGUAUCCCCUGUAUCCCGGUGUUCCCGGUGAUCUCUGUAUUCCCUGUAUCCCCUGUAUUCCCGGUGAUCCCAGUAUUCCCGGUGUUCCCGGCUCUCUUCCCCCGCAGGACCGUGUCCUGGGUGGGCUGCGCUGGUCCCGCCUGCAGGAGCCGCUGGGCUUCAUCAAGGUGCUCGAGUGGCUCUUUGCCAUCUUCGCCUUCGGCUCCUGCGGCUCCUUCAGCGGUGAGACGGGGGCCACGGUGCGCUGUGAGAGCGGGGUCAUGACGGCCAUCUCCGUCCAGUUCGGCUACCCCUUCAGGUUGUACCAGAUUCCCUUCGGGAUGCCGGACUGCCAGGACGAGUCCGAGGCCCGCACCCUGUACCUGGUGGGCGACUUCUCGGCCCCCGCCGAGUUCUUCGUGACCCUGGGGGUCUUCUGCUUCCUCUACUCCAUGGCAGCCCUGGGGAUCUACCUCCGCUUCCAUUCCCUCUACUCCCAGAACACCAAGCUCCCCUUCGGGGAUUUCUGUGUCACCGUGUGCUUUGCCUUCUUCUGGCUGGUGGCGGCGGCGGCCUGGGGGAAGGGGCUGAGCGACGUGAAGGCGGCCACGCGCCCCGGGGCCCUGCUGGGCGCCAUGGCCGUGUGCCAGGACGAGGGUGUGCGCUGCAGCCCCGGCACCACGCCCGCCAUGGGGCUGGCCAACAUCUCCGUGCUUUUCGGGUUCCUGAAUUUCCUGCUCUGGGCCGGGAAUUGCUGGUUCGUGCUGCGGGAGACGCCGUGGCUGCGGCCCCCCCCGGCGCGGGACAGCGAUGCCGAGCAGGGCGCCAUCGACAAGCAGUGA